GCGCACUGCCGUCCGCGGCCGCCCGGCCGCCGACGCCAUCGCUGGAAGAGUUCCCGCACUGCUCUGCGAGCGCCCUGUCCUCAGGCGGCCGCCAGAUAUGUCUUUGCAGGACUCCACUCUUUCCAGAGAGGGGAGCCCAGAGGAAGAGAUUAUGGCUGCUGUGGUUUUUUCAGUUGGACCUCUGAAGUGAUCAAGCUUAAUAGAUGACAUGGAGAGAAAGAAGAUGUUUAAGACACAGUGCUUGGCUGUAGGGUGCUUACAGUCUCACUGAGAGUCCUGAAAUUCCCCAGCCAAAUGAAGAUCUUCACCUUCAGGCAGAAGAACAAGAAUUGGUAAAGAGCCUCAAGGUAGCCAGAGGUGAGAGCUGAGGGCCUUCUUAGAUUUUUCCUGGGGCUUAGCUCCAGAUGGGAAAAGAAAACAAACGCAGAAUCAGUGACAUUUAAAGAUGUGGCUAUAGACUUCACAUUGGAAGAGUGGAGGUUGAUGGACCCUACACAGAGGAAACUGCACAAGGAUGUGAUGCUAGAGAAUUAUAGGAAUCUUGUCUCCUUGGGGCUUGCAGUUUCCAAACCAGACAUGAUAUCUCAUUUGGAGGAUGGAAAAGGACCAUGGGUGGUAGUGAGAGAAACUUCAAAAACCCCCUAUUCAGAGUUGGAGACCAAACCUACAACCAAGAAUGCUCUACCAACAGAGAAUAUUUCUGAAGAAUGUUUAUCACAGGAGACCAUAGUAGAGAAACUCAUAGAGAAUGGUCUAUGGGACACCAAAAUGGGAGGAUUAUGGAAAUGGAGUGACAGGAUAUUGAGAUGGCAAGAUAGUCAAGAAAGUCAUUUGAGUCAGAGAAUAGUUAAACACAAGAAAAUUCCCACUCUUCAAAAAGGCUUUAGAUUUGGAUCUGUUCUUUUUCCAGAACCAGGAGUUAUCACAGAAGAGCCCCACAGCAAAUACCAAACACAUGAGGAAAAUUUUACAGAGAAUUUAGAUUUGAUUACAGAUACCCAUCUGGGGAAGAAAAUGUGCAAGGAUACAGAAGGCAACAAAGUCAUAAGCCCUGCUUCAGAACUCACUUUAGAGAAAAAAAACAAUAAUAAAGAAAAACCCUAUAAAUGUAGUACAUGUGAAAAGGCCUUCCGUUAUAGGUCAUUACUCAUUCAACAUCAGAGAACUCACACUAAAGAAAAACCUUAUGAAUGUAAUGAAUGUGGGAAAAUGUUCAGCCAGCCUUCAUAUCUUAGUCAACAUAAAAAAAUUCACACUGGAGAAAAGCCCUAUAAAUGUAAUGAAUGUGGAAAGGCCUUCAUUGCUUCUUCAUCCCUUAUGGUGCAUCAGAGAAUUCAUACUAAGGAGAAACCUUAUCAGUGCAAUGUCUGUGGAAAAUCUUUCAGCCAGUGUGCCCGCCUUAAUCAACACCAGAGAAUUCAAACUGGAGAGAAGCCCUAUAAAUGUAGUGAAUGUGGGAAAGCUUUUGGUGAUAAAUCAAAACUUGCAAGACAUCAGGAAACUCACAAUGGAGAAAAACCCUACAAAUGUAAUGAUUGUGGGAAAGCCUUCAGGAAUAAGUCAUAUCUUAGUGUACAUCAGAAGACCCAUACUGAAGAGAAACCAUAUAAAUGCAUUGAGUGUGGGAAAUCUUUCAAGAAUACCACAAUCUUUAAUGUUCAUCAGAGAAUUCAUACUGGAGAGAAACCCUUUAGAUGUAAUGAGUGUGGGAAAGCCUAUAGAAGUAAUUCAAGCCUUAUUGUACAUAUAAGAACUCAUACUGGGGAAAAACCCUAUGAAUGUAAUGAAUGUGGGAAAGCAUUCAAUCGUAUAGCAAAUUUCACAGAACAUCAGAGGAUUCAUACAGGAGAAAAACCCUAUAAAUGUAAUGAAUGUGGGAAAGCAUUCAUCAAUUAUUCAUGCCUUACUGUACACCACAGAAUGCAUACAGGAGAGAAACCUUAUAAAUGUAAUGAAUGUGGAAAGGCCUUCAUGCGUUCUUCAUCUCUAAUUAUACAUCAGCGAAUUCAUACGGAGGAGAAACCUUAUCUCUGUAAUGAAUGUGGGGAAUCUUUCAGAAUAAAAUCACACUUAACUGUACAUCAGAGGAUUCAUACUGGAGAGAAACCAUAUAAAUGUACUGACUGUGAGAGGGCAUUUACCAAGAUGGUAAAUCUCAAGGAGCACCAGAAAAUUCAUACUGGUGUGAAACCCUACAACUGCUAUGAUUGUGGAAAAUCCUUCAGAACUAAGUCAUACCUUAUUGUACAUCAAAGAACCCAUACUGGAGAAAAACCAUAUAAGUGUAAUGAAUGUGAGAAAGCUUUCACUAAUACAUCACAGCUUACUGUGCAUCAAAGAAGGCAUACUGGAGAAAAACCCUAUAAAUGUAAUGAGUGUGGGAAGGUUUUCACAAGUAACUCAGGCUUUAAUACCCACCAAAGGACACAUACCGGGGAGAAACCAUUUAAAUGUAAUGACUGUGGCAAAGCAUUUAGCCAGAUGGUACACGUCACAGAACAUCAGAAAAUCCAUAGUGGAGAGAAACCCUAUAAAUGUGAUGUCUGUGGAAAAGCCUUCAGGAGAGGUUCAUACCUUACAGUGCAUUGGAGAACACAUACUGGAGAAAAGCCCUAUACAUGUAAGGAAUGUGGGAAAGGUUGUAUUACUCUAUCACAGCUAACUCUACAUCAGAGAAUUCAUACUGGGGAGAGGCCCUAUAGAUGUGAAGAAUGUGGAAAAGCCUUCAGAACUAACUCAGACUUCACUGUACAUCUGAGGAUGCACACUGGAGAAAAACCCUAUAAAUGUAGUGAAUGUGGAAAAGCCUUUAGGAGUAGCUCAAGCCUUACUGUACAUCAAAGAAUACAUCAGAGAGAAGCUCAAUUAAUAUAGAGGACAGAAAAUUAUCAUCCAGAUAUAACAAGAAUCUUAUAAACUAUAUUUUAUGAAUGUGGGAAAAUGUUCAGGAGCAAUUUACCAGAAAGUACACACUUCAUAAAUAUAAGAAUGUAGAAAAGCAAUUGGUCAUAUUAAAUCUUAGAAGUUAUAAGAAAAUUCAUAAUAAAAAGGGCAAAUGAAAGCCUUCAUCCAAAUUUCAUAUUUUAUUCAUUUAACAAAUUAUCUUCGAUGAAUUGCCUAUUUUUUUGCUGAUUUUCUUAGUGGUUUAUAUUUCUUAUAAAUCUGGAGGUGUUAAUAUAUUUGAGAUAUUAAUCAUUUGACAUAUGUGUUGCAAAUGUUUUUCUUAACGUAGUAUUUCUUUGUAUUUUUUUAUGUAGUAAAAGGUUUUUAAGUCUUUAAUUUUUCAUAGUAAAAUAUUUACAUCUUUUCCUUUUUAUAUUCUUUAUUUACUCUUUUAGCAAUCCCCAGGUUAUAUAUAGUCUCCUAAAUUUGUUUCUAAUAUUCUGAUAAUUUUAUUUUUUACAUUGAAGUUUUAAUCCACCUGGACUAGAUGGCUCUUCAUAGAAGAACAACUCCAAAUGCAUUAACCUAUGAAAAUAUUAUGAACCUAAAUAAACAAUACUCAGGGAAACGCAAAUUGAAACAACCAAUGAUAUGUUACUUCCACUUCAUGGAGUUGGCAAAAAUUAAGAGAUCUUUUGCUAGUGGAGUUUGGCAAACCAUAUACUCUUACCAAAUGGUUAUAUCAACUUAUAUUUCCACCAGCAAUCCAGCGGUAUAUAUUUUUUUUAAUUAAGUAAAAUUUUAAAAGCACUUUGACCCAGCAGUCUCACUUUUGGGGAAUCUGCCCCACAGAAAUAAUAGCAUCAGUGUAAAAGCAUAUGUAUAAAUAAGGAUGUUUAUUAAAGUACUGUUUGUAGAGACAGAGAAGAAACCCAACUGGAGACAAAGUGAAUGCCAAUUAAUAGGGGAAUGGGUGAAUAAAUUGUGAUAUAGCCAUACCAUGGAAACGUAUGAGAGUAAUUUUUAAAAUGAGUUAUAGCUACACUAGUUGACUUCAAGGUAUUUCCACAAUUUUUUGAUAAGUAUUUGCUUUAUUACAGAGAUGUAUAUGUACAAGAUUUCAUUUUUGUUAAAGUAAUGGUCACAUGCCUUUAUGUAUGCAUGUAUGUGUGCAUGUGAUUAGAUGAGCAUGGAAACAAGUAUGGAAGAAUAUACAUCAGGCUGUUAAUAUUCGUUACCUUGAAGGGAGGGAGAAAAGGAGAAGCAGUGAUAUAAGUGGGGGGGAAAACUAGGAAAAUAGAAAAAUGUAAAUGCAGUAUGUAUGGUAUGAAACUAUGUAUUUGUGUGAACUUUUGAUAGCCAUGAAUGAAGGGACAGUCUCCAAAAAGUUAAUGACAGUUGUUUUAGAUUUGUUGCAGAAUCCAGUGUUUUUUGUUUGUUUUACCUCUCUCUGCUUUUCUGUAUUUCUCAGUUUUUCUUUCCAAUGAGCAUGUAAUAUUUAUAUAAACAUGAAAAACCUAUUUUUCUUGUGAAGCUAAUUUACUAGACACCUGUGAUAGCCCAGGAAUUACCCUAGGUGCUGGAUAUACCUUGGCAGGGCAGGAGUGGUCAUGGAUCUAAGAGCAUGGAAACUGGUCUUGGUACCAUCUAGAUUCCAAAGAAGUUUUCCAGCACUUCAGGAUCCCCCCCCCACCCUCUCAGUUUCGUUUGGAGGAGGUAAUAGAGAUUUCAGGUAAAUGAAAAACAUAUCCGAGAAUAUCUGGAACCUGUGUCCAGAUUAUAGACCAGAAGACUUGCAAGCUUCAGAGACAAGUUCCACUUUCAACAUGGCACCAAAGGAAAGAUCACAGUGGUGUAAAGGUCUGUGUACAGCUCCACAGAACACUGUGAUGGAGUAUAGAGAGGGAAACAGCCAAGAACUCCAAAGUCCAUGUAUAAAAGCUUGGAAGUUCUGGAAAUACUAAGAGAGUCCUGGAGUCAAAAUGGGAACCCAGAGGCUGUGACCCUGGUACUGGAAAGCCCUAAGAGACCGUGGACCUAACAUCUGAAAAGGACAAGGCAUGUAGAGCUACACUUCAGUGGAGACUGAAGGAAAGAAAAUCAAAUACUUCUCCCACAAUGCUAGGAUAAGUCUUUAAUAUUGGGAAGGGGAUAUUGGGUGACUGAUGUGAGCUGUCUCCCAUUUUAAAAUGAAUAAUUUGACAUUGUGGUUGAAAUGACUAUUUCUGAUUGAAUUAUAAUAGUGAAAUUUAUUAACCAUUACCAGGAGAUGUGUCUACUUUGGAUAAAUGUACCACUUUCUGAUUGGAAAGUUUAAGGGUCUGACCUUGAAAUACUAUCCUUGAGAAACUCUAUUGUCAAACAGUCUACAUGACUUGAUGUCAACUUUUUUGGCUGCUCGUAUCUACCUUCAAACCCUCACCACACCUAAACCCCGUCUCUCUUCACUGCCUUAGAAGGUAGAAGAGGAGUAAGGUCAGCAGGUUCAAGUGACAUAAGAACUGAAAGGUGUCCAUCAGGUUAGGGGAUGGAGAUGAUACAGGGCACCUUUACUAGAGCAGUUUCCAUGAACUGCUAAGGUGCCAAAGCCUGGUUCCAGUGUGUAGUGGUAUCUCACUAUAGGUUUAAUAUCAUUUCCUUACUCUCUACUGAUGUUGAGUCCCCUUCUAGGUGUUUAUUGGCUUUUGGAAUAUCCUCUUUUGAGAAGUGCCUGUUCAAGACUUUUGCCCAUUUUUAUUGAUAACUCUUUCUGUUUAUUUGUAGGAUUCUUUAUAUAUUCUGGAUACAAGGUAUUUUUAGAUAUUUGUAUUACAAAUAUCUACUCAUCAGCAUCUUGCCUUUUCACUCUCUAAAUGUUGUCUUUUGAUGGACAGAAGUCUUUAACUUUGAUGAAUAAUUCAACAAUCUUUUCUUUUAUGAUUACUACUUUUUUGUGCCUAGUUUAAGAAAUCUUUUCCUAACCCAAAGUCAUAGGAUAUUUUCCUACAUUUACUUCUGCAUAGCUACUGUUUUACUUUUCAGUUUUAGGCUACAAUCCAUCUGAUAUUUUUAUAUGGUGUGGAGUAGAGGUCAAUUUAAUAUUUUCCAUGCAAAUACACAAUUUAUUCAACAUCAUUUGUUGAAAAGACCAUCUUUUCCCCUCCCCCUUGGGUACCCUUGUGAUAAGUCAGAUGGUCAGAUUAUGUGAGGGGGUCUAUUUCUAGAUUAUCUAUUCUGACUCAUUGUUCUGUUGAAUACCAAAUAUUUUUAGUGAAAACAGGUUGAUAGUAAAUCUUGGCAUCUGGUGGUAUAUGUCUUCUAAUUUUGUUCUUCUUAUUCAAAAUUGUCACUGUAAUUCUAUGUUCUUGGCAUUUUCAUAUGCAUUUUAGAAUGAUUAUUUUUUCAGUUACUCCACCAUAAAAAGUAGGGAUUUCAAUGGAUAUUACAUCACAUAUAUAGAUUAGUUUUGGAAGAAUGGGUACCUUAACAACAUUGAGACAUCCAAUCUAUAAGCAGGCCAUACCUUUUCAUUUAUACACAUCUUUUAAUUUUAGUAAUUUUUGUAUUUUUUCAAUAAAAUUUUGAAUAUUUUGUAAGGUUAUUAUAUAUUUGAUGUUUUGGUGAUUCUAUAAAGGCUAUUAUCUUAAUUUCAUUUUCUGAUUUGCUAAUAUAUGUAAUACAUAACUAUAUAUAAUAUAUUAAAUAUAUAAUAUGUAAUAAGUAAUGAUAUGUAUAAUAGAUUUUUUUUAACUGAGCUUAUAUCCAGUGACCUUCCUAAAAUUCACUUGUUAAUUAUAAUAGUUUGUUCAUUCUUUCGGACUUUCUACAUACACAAUAUGUCACCUGUGAUAAAGUAAAAUCUUUCUUACCUCACCCUUUCCAAUAUUUAUGCCAUUUUUUUCUUGCUUUAUUGCACUGGCUAGGACCUUCAAAAGUAAAAAUUGUAGGCAUCCUUGCCUUUUUCCCAGAAUUUAAAGGAAAAUCCUAAACAUUCCAUUAGAAAUGAUAUGAGGUAUAAAUUUGUAGAUAAUCUCUAUCAGAUUAAGGGAAUUCUCCUCAAAUCCUAGUUUGCUGAGAUUUCUUAUCAUGGACAGGUAUUGAAUUUCAUCAGAUACGUAGUUUGUAGCUAUUGAGAUGACCGUUUGGCUUUUCUCAUCCUGUUAAUGUGGUUGAAUUAUGCGGAUUGAUUUUUUUUAUUUUAAAAAUUGCGGUAAAAUACACAUAACAUAAAAUUUACCAU